AUGGUUCUCGGGCUAUACCAGCUGGCUCUGGGCCGCUAUGGUUCGAAAUUAUCUAUCCUGGAUGAGUUUCGCGCUGGGGGUGACGGUUAUCGAGUGGAAUUGGUCUUUGCGGCUACACGUCGCAGUAAUAUGUCCUGGGUGGGCGAGAAUCUGCCUGGGUGGAGGUGGAAUAUUUAUCGGGUUGAUGAUGAGAAGGCUGAGUUGACGGUGCCGGUAAAUAAGGGGAAUGAAGCGAUGGUUUAUUUGACAUAUCUCAUCGAUAGAUAUUCAACUCUACCUGAGAUGGCGGUGUUUAUGCAUGAUGGCCGUUAUCAAUGGCACAACGAUAAUCCUCUCUACGACUCCGUCAUUUCUAUCCAAAACCUCAACUUCACCUUUGUCAAAUCCACCGGUUACGUCAAUCUUCGCUGCAGUAAUAUCCUCGGAUGUCCCGCCGAGCUCGAACCAGCCCGAUAUCUCCGCGAGAGACCAAAUGACUUCGACCAUCCGACGGCGAUGGAGUUCCCGAAUAGUUUCAUGGAGCUGUUCCCAGGGAGGAGCGUUCCUGAGAAAGUGGGCACGCCGUGUUGUAGCCAGUUUGCUGUGUCGAGGGAGGUGAUUCUCCGGAGACCGGUGGAGGAGUAUAUUCGGUAUAGGGAGUGGUUGGUGAAGACGGAUUUGCCAUCGGAUAUUACGGGGAGAAUUUUUGAGUAUUUGUGGCAUAUGAUAUUUGGGAAACCGGCUCAGAGCUGUCCUGAUGAGCGGGCCUGUUAUUGUCAGACAUACGGACUUUGCAAGCUGAGCGAGGAGGAGGUGGGCGAGCAGUGGACAUGGCGUGGUUUGGAUCUACCAGAGAACUGGCCGGAUGAGAUGGAUUAA